AUAAUGUCAUAUUAAUCUAUCUUCUGUAACCUGUCAUUAACAUUUUCCGGAUCAAAAAGCCUAUGUUAUAACUCUUGUAUUUUCCUUCUUGCGCACAUCCUUAUUAAUUAAUUCACAUCCCUUUGUGCUUGAGCUACAUUAGGAAUAAACUCACGAUUGAUAUCGAAAGAUCCUCGUAUACAUUUACACUUUCUCUAUUCAUGACCCUCCACUUUAAUCACUUAAUCAACAAUUCAAACCUCCAGAAUAUACUUCAUCGUAUCCAACAUUUGGAUGAUUUAAGGCACUGAGGACUGAAUUAUUAGGAAAUAUUUGCUCUUCAGCACUCUUAUAAACAUGUAAUCGAAAAUACUAUUUUUAUAAGUAACUUAUACUAUUCAUGAAAUGAUAUUUGCAUUUCAUUUUCUUUUUUUAACUAAACCAACACCCAACUGAGUUAAAAUGAUGAUGUAUUCAAACGAUGAGUUAGUACUGUGUCCGGCCGGUUUAUGUGAACCUACCACUCGAAACGAUGAGAAAAUACGGUUAUGGCGCAAAAACCUAACGAUCUCCUGAAGAUGACACCUUCGCUCCAUCCAGAAAACAGACAAUCUUUCCGCCAUCCUCCGCCGCGUCCACCGCCACCUCCACCACCACUUGCCACCGCUAGUCCUUCAACAAACCCUAAAAAUUUCGCUCCAAUUCACUCCACAAAUUCGACUUCAUCAUCAUCAUCCGCGUUUGAUCAAUUGCCCAAAAGGGUCACGAGGGACUUGGCCAAUUUGUCAGAUUGUCACGGCUGCCGUCUCCGAAUCAACCACACUGAUCCCAGCGACCGCCUUCAAACCCUAGACAGCGUUUGGCGGAUAGUCCUUCUUUGCAAGAAGUGCAUCAGGAGUGUUAAUUCCGGCCAAACAUGCCCUUACUGUUUCAACAACACGGCCGAUUCUGAUUGUUUCAAAUGUAGCAGCUGCAAAAGGCGUGUCCACAAGGACUGUGUUAUCAGGUAUGGGAAUUCUGCACCUUGGUCUUAUUCUUCUAGGGGCUUAGAAGAAGAAGAAGAAGGGGUAAAGUCGGAAUUUACGGUUUGUAUAGAUUGUUGGGUUCCAACAUUCUUUAGGAAAUCAAUUGGGUUUUUUAAAAAGCAUGUGUUAAAGACACAGAAUUAUACUAGUAGUGAUGUUAAAUCAUUUGAAGAAAUUACUAACUUUGAAGCCAAAAGGACAGUUGUACUGGCGCUGGAAGCGCAGUAUAAGACUUUGCGAAAGGCUGUCGUGGCAAAAAAUGCCGUGAACAAUGCUAAGAAUAAGAACAAUGCAUCGGAAUUAGUUGCUUCCAAGAAGGAUAAGGAUAAAGUGUUGCUGAAAAGCAGUAGUAUAAGCAGUGAUGAUACUAAUGAAACUGAGGUUGUAAAUGACGCAGAGUUGGCGUUUCAAUUGCAUCGCGCCAUGAACAGCUCGCCACGAACUUCAAGAACCUUAUGCCCUACGAAUUCCAGCUAUGUGGAUACUCCAGAAAUGCUGGAAUCGAGCAAUGUGUCCCGUAAAUUGUUAGAGUUAGGCCAAACUCUCUCUAAUGAUCCAGGCGAGAGGCUUAAGGUGUACUCUCGCACUAGGUUAAAGGGAAAAGUUGGCCAGACUAGUUCAGAGACCCAGCCUUGUGUUAUAGUGUACUCUCGCACUAGAUUAAAGGGAAAAGCUGGCCGGACUAUUUCAGAGACCCUGCCUUGUGUUAUGGUGUACUCUCGCACUAGGUUGAAGGGAAAAGUCGGCCAGACUACUUCAGAUGGCCCUCCUUGUGUUAUGGUGUACUCUCGCACUAGGUUGAAGGAAAAAGUCGGCCAGACUAGUUCAGAGGCCCCACCACGUGUUACAAUGAAGGAGCAUGGUUCUAGUGUUGAUUCUGAUUGUUCAAAACCUGAGUUACUUACUUACAAGCGGAGCAGACUAAAGAGGAAGAUGUGCGAAGAAAGGGUUGGUUUAUCUGACCUUAUUAAAGCGGAGCACAAUCUUGGUGAUGACUGUAGAGAUUUUUGUGGUCUUCGAGUUUCUCAGCGAGAAGGUUCACAGCAUAACUUGCAUUUGCAGGAUUCUAUCACCUUGUGCCCCUUGAGUUUUGAUGGAGAUAAUACUGUUGGCGAGAUUUGUGCAAAAAAUACAACGCAGGCUGAAAGCUGCAUUGCGCAGGAGGACCGCUGUUUGUUAAAGUACAGCAAAAGGAAAAAAUGCUCUGAGCCUGUAUCAGAUGUGCAUGAAGAUACGUUUCCUCAUCCAACCCCUGAUCCCGGCAUACCUACAAAUUGGUCCGUGGAAUCCAGGACAUCAUCAAAUGUCUGACAUUUGAGCUAGUACUUGCGUAAGUGGUUCUUCGCCAGAAGUCUGAAUUAUACAGGAAAUUACACCUGUGAAUAACUACCCGAUAUCAGAUACUGUACUGUAAUGUAGAUGAAUUGUUUUUUUCUUCAUAAAGAGUACAUUGUAUGGAAAGUUGCUAUCUGUGUUGUUGAAGUUAAAGAGGGUGGUCAUGAAGUGAAUUUUUUAUGUGCUUGUACUUAUCAGAAUUAUAGAGAAUAUGCAGUGAUAAUUCAGAAUGUAAAACAAAUUAAAAGGCAGAAAUAGAUACCGACUUUUUAAGUGAUGGUA